AUGACUACCUUCUUCAAACCGCUUUCGGCCACGCAUGCUUGGGCUCUAGGGGCGAUUGCAGUUAGUUUUGUGGCUAUUCGGAUUGCUUCGAACACAAAUGCUGCAAAGGCAAAGAGAUCCGGAGCCUCUCUGGCUCCAGGUCCAAAGCGUUGGCCAUUUGUGGGCAGCGUGCUCAAAUUUCCAAAGAGCAGGUGGUACGAGAGUUUCAGUAGCUGGGCGGAGGAAUAUGGAGAUGUUGUUUAUGUGGACCUGAUGGGAAUACCCAUGAUCGUUCUCAAUUCUCUCGACGCGAUACACGAACUAACAGAGAAGCGAAUGCACAUCCAUUCAAAUAGACCUCACACCACUCUCGUCUGUGAUAUCAUGGGGUUUGGCUACACUUUAACGCUCAAGCAACCGGAUAAAGAGUUGAACGAGCAGCGCCGCAUUCUCCAAAAGGCCAUAGGCCCACGAGUCGUCGGCGAGUACGACCACUUUCUCAAUCGUGGUUGCUCGGACCUCCUACAACGGCUGGAUGGUUUCUCCGGCGAGCCUUUCGACCACGUAUUGAAGGUCUUGGGCGAAUUGCUGACCCGCCUUGCCUAUGGCAACCAUGUUUUCGACGAAUAUGGAGCAGAACUUGUCAAAGCCAAUAUAGAGGGAGUGGAAUUGGUUUCUUGGGUGUUCAGCAGACUAUGGGUGGUCGAUAUUAUUCCUCUGUUGCGUUAUGUACCCGCAUGGCUCCCUGGAGCAACUUUCCAACGCAUUGGAAUCCAAGCAAGAGCUUAUGUCCAGAUCAUCCGUCACGGCGGUUUCGAGAAGGUCAAGGCCGCAAUGGCCAAGGGUAUUGCGGAUGAGUCUAUUCUCUCCAAAUACCUGAUGGAAGAGAGUGCCUCGGAGGAUAAUCUUCGAGACGCUGUGGCGGUCAUGUACGCAACAGGAGUGGAUUCAACAGCAACCACGAUCACAAACUUUCUUUAUGCCGUCGCGUUGUACCCCGAAUGGCAGAGAAAGAUCCAUGACGAGAUGGAUCGUGAGCUUGGGCGAGGUCACGUACCAACCGCUGAAGACAUCGGAAAACUAAACAUUUUCAAUGCUGUGAUGAAAGAGACUCUGCGUUGGCUUGCGACGGUUCCCCUGGGCGUUCCUCAUGUAAGCGCGAAAGAAGAUAUCUUCAAUGGGUAUUAUAUCCCUAAAGGCACGAUGCUACAUUGCAAUAUUGGCUACGUGCUCAGGGAUAAACGGAUAUGGGGACCAGACAGUCUAGAGUUCAAUCCAAACCGCUUUCUCUCAAAGUUUAAUCCUACUUUCGAUGACCUUCCAGAUAUCUGGAGUGUCCCUUUUGGAUUUGGGCGACGCAUUUGCCCAGGUCGUUACAUAGCGCAGCGCAUUGUACUUCAGUACGCAUCCGCUAUUCUGGCCACAUACGAGGUUCUCCCCUGUGAAGGCGAGCAGCUCACUCCAAACGAGCCAUUCGACGACGCGGCUAUUCGGUAUACGUCUAUCGCAUUUUCGAUGCUCGUUUAA